AUGUCUGAGUCGGAGCAGCAGCAGCAGGCUUUGGAGACAAAUCCAUCCCCGCGGGCACCUGAGAAAAUUGCACCUUUCGAUGUGCAGGAUCCUCCAAUUGACGACGACGUGGUAGGAAAAUCAUGGAUGUACAAACCGCUCUUGAAGAUUGGACGAUGGGAAGCUCCCUGGUUUGCUUCACCAGAGGUACAAUUGAUACUCGUGUCGUUUGUGUGCUUCCUCUGUCCGGGAAUGUUCAAUGCCGUGAGCGGGUUGGGAGGUGGUGGACAGAUCAAUGCCACCGACGUGAACAAUUCCAACACGGCGCUGUAUAGUACGUUCGCCGUGGUGGGCUUCUUCGCCGGUUCCAUUGCUAAUCGGAUUGGCCUGCGACUCACGCUGUCGCUGGGUGGCUUCGGUUACUUCCUCUACGUGGCCGCGCUACUCUCGUAUAAUAUCAACCAGAAUGCGGGCUUCCUGAUCUUCGCCGGUGCUUUGCUCGGUGUUUGUGCUGGUUUGUUAUGGUGUGCCCAGGGUGCAGUCAUGAUGAGCUAUCCUCAUGAGCACGAAAAGGGCAAGUAUAUUGCUGUCUUCUGGGUCAUUUUCAACCUGGGUGGUGUCAUUGGCAGUUUAGUGCCGCUCGGCCAGAACAUGCACAGCAAGGCCGGCAACGUGAAUAAUGGUACAUACAUUGCCUUCCUCGUCAUGAUGGCUGUUGGUUUCGGGCUGUGCUGGACCAUUGCCGAUUCCAAGUAUGUGAAACGCAAGGAUGGCUCGCGAGUCAUUGUGAUCAAAAAUCCUACCUGGAAGUCUGAGUUCCUCGGCCUGUGGGAGACUUUGCGUAGUGACUCUUAUAUUGUUCUUAUGUUCCCCAUGUUUUUGGCGAGUAAUUGGUUUUACGGAUAUCACUUCAACGCCGUCAACCUGGCCUACUUCACCGUGCGAACCCGUGCUUUGAACAGUCUUCUCUACUGGCUGAUGCAGAUGGUGGGCGCCUUCGUCUUUGGCCAGCUCCUGGACCUCAAGUGGUUUUCUCGUCCGACUCGUGCCAAGAUCAACUUUGGAGUCCUCUUGGCCAUUACCAUGGGCAUAUGGGGCGGUGGCUAUGCCUUUCAGAAGCAGUAUACCCGAGAGACCGUCACGGCCGACAUGGAUUUCAUGGACAGUGGCUAUGUCGGACCAAUGUUUUUGUAUAUGUUCUACGGUUUCUACGACGCAGCCUUCCAGACCUGCACCUACUGGUAUAUGGGUUCCCUCUCCAACAACGCCCGCAAGUUGGCCAACUUUGCUGGUUUCUACAAGGGCAUUCAGUCCGCCGGCGCAGCUGGAAUGUGGCGUCUGGAUGCUCAGAAAACUUCAUAUAUGACCGAGUUCGCCUCGUGUUGGGGCCUGCUAGUUGGUAGCAUGCUGAUUGCCUCACCUGUCAUAUUCUUCAAAGUGAAGGACAGUACGGCCGUCGAGGAAGAUCUACGCUUCUCCGAUGAGACUGUAGCCGACGUACUGGGUGACACAGUCGAUGGCGAUAGUGACGAGUCCGAGAAACCCCAAAUCCACCAGAAUUCAACCAGCAAGGUGUAG